UUUUUUUUUUUUUUUUUUUUUUUGAUUGGACGUGAUACUUGGCAAGGCGUAUACGAAUAGGUUAUUGGAAGGUAAUAAGAUGAUAUUAUAGUAUAGAUAUGUCGAAAGCGCGUCAUCACGCAAAGCAGCUUCAGCGCCAUGAUUAUAAUUCAACUCUUCCAGUUAAGUUCAGGCGAGAGAAGCCCAGUUUGGCCCCAGUCCCUAGAAGUCGUAACAGCUGCCUUAACGAGAUGCAGCCCAUAGUCCAAGUAAGCAGUUUCUGCCGGUCCUGGUAGGCUUCGCAUCCUGCCGAGCACCUUUAUUAAAUCAUCACAUAGCAUGAACUGCGAAUUCGAAAAUGCCAUAGACCGAUUCGUAGGGUCCAACAAAACGGCUAUGCAAAUACUCAUCAAUCUCGUCGCGAGGUUGAUCCUCGUCUAACUGAUCAGAUGGCAGCUUUCCUUGGCGUAUGCGGGCUGUAAAACGAUCACUGCCCUUGUAGAUAGGUAGGUACCUAGGUAGAGUUUAUCUGUCUUCCUUUAUAGGAGACAGAUGCCCAGUCCUAAUCAAACCCGGGAUUUGGAGACCUCUCGUCUGCGGAAUGCUUUCACCUACCUACCUACCUAUCUACCUAGCCUGCUAGAUACCGGCUAAUAACUUAACCUUUAACGUAUAACUUACCUACCCGUAAACUUUGGACCCUGACUCUUGUUAGUUACCUACCUAUGUCUCGUCUUCUCGUUAGGAACGUGUUGUUUCGUCAGGUUAAGUCGUAUGUAGGAGGACGGGCUUUGUUCUCAAAAUGUGUCAAGGGCAAACACCCCUCUUCAGGUCCCGUGCCCCUCAUACGUGUAUCUUCAAUACUACUACGAAGCCCCAAAGUCUCCAUCUCACACUCGAUCAGCGAGCGAGCAUUCAGUACGGAUAGGAGAGCGUUGGCGGACGACAUCCCUCCGAGGCCUUCGAGAUCUCUUGCGGGGAAGGUUGCCAUCGUGACGGGAGCGGGUUGCGAAGAAGACGGCCUCGGUAAUGGUCGCGCCAUCUCCAUCCUGCUCGCUGAGGAUGGCGCUUCUGUGGUGUGCGCCGACGUACACCUCUCGUGGGCUGAAUAUACCAGCGCGUUGAUAGAAGAAGAGGGAAAGGGGAAAGCCGUUAGCUGCCAAGGGGACGUGACCAAACCUGCCGAUUGCCAGAGCAUCGUGGAUGCCGCACUGUCUACCUUUGGGCGGGUCGACAUACUAGUCAACAAUGUGGGCAUCAUGGGCGCCAGAGGAACAGCUACGAACUUCGACUUGGAUCAGUGGCGUCGCGGCCUAGACGUAAAUAUCACGAGUAUGGCCAACAUGGUGAAGUUUGCCGUACCUGGGAUGCUUCAGAAAACCGAGGCUCUAGGCGAAACCCGAGGAAGUAUCAUCAAUAUAGGAUCCGUCGCGGGUCUAGUAGGGGGCACUCCCCAUCUGCUAUAUCCGACUACCAAGGGCGCGGUUGUAAACAUGACGCGAGCUAUGGCAGCGCAUCACGGGUCGGAUGGGAUUCGCGUGAAUUGCGUAUGCCCAGGCUAUCUCUAUACGCCCAUGAUGUACGCAAAAGGCAUGAGUGCACAGACCAGAGAAGAACGGAGAAAAAGAAGUCUCUUGAAAACCGAAGGGAACGCGUGGGACUGCGCGACGGCUGUGAGGUUUUUAGCUAGCGACCAAGCUCGUUGGGUCACUGGAAGCGUUAUCACGGUAGACGCCGGAACCACCGCCGUGUCGGCCAUCGAACACGUGUGAAGAUGUACGCGGCGGCUCACGAUGGCCAGCCCAGUGAAUGGCUGCUAUGCGAGGUACCUAGUAAGGUCUAUUGAUGCGGAUUCACUCUGAGACUUAAUCGCUUGUUUGCCUGCUUGUUCUGUCGAUGUACUACACAUAAGAGUGGCUAUCUACCUUUCAUUUCACUCUGGACUCAUGCUAAAUGGUGACAUGGGUUAAUAAUCACCUGGGCACAUGAUAGUUUUUGUAACAUAAUGCUGUAGCGGACCCGUCGACAGCAUCAUGGGCCUCAGUACAUCACGAAUCAAACCCCAGUGCUGCUCUCUCGCAACACAAUUGAGGGCCUCCCGAUGCGAUAGCUUCGAGGACAUCGCGGGAGAUGUCUGGUAAUCAGACUAGAAACGAUG